AUCAUCUCCCCCCACCUGCUCCCCCCAACGCCACCGCCCACCGCGAUGGACACGCCGCCGCCACCGCCGCCGCCGCCGGUGAACUGGGACGCGCUCGACGCCCUCGUGCUCAACUACGCCAGAUCCGACCGCCUCCUCCUCUUCCCGCGGGCCUCCUCCCCGUCGCCGCCCUCCUCCCCAUCCUCGUCCUCCACCACGACCGCCACCUCCUCCUCGGCGCCCUGCUCGUCCUCGUCCUACCGCUCACGCAUCCUCAUCCGCCGAGCCCGCAGCGCGCUCGAGGAGGGGGACGUCGACGCCGCGCUCGCGCUCCUCCGGGCGUACGCCCCCGGUGCGCUCCUCGACCACCGCCUCCUCUUCCACCUCCACAAGCAGAGAUUCGUGGAGCUUGUGAGGAGGGGGACGGAGGCAGACAGGGAGGCGGCGCUGGACUGCCUCCGCACGGUGCUUGCGCCCUGUGCGCUGGACGCCUAUCCGGAAGCUUAUGAGGAGUUCAAACAUAUACUGCUGGUAUUGAUAUAUGACAAAGAUGAUCAAUCAUCCCCUGUAGCAAAUGAGUGGUCUAUAAAGAAGCGGUUUGAACUUGCCGGAUUGCUAUCAUCCAUAUUAAGAGCUCAUUUACAAGCUUAUGAUCCUAUUCUGUCAAUGACAUUACGGUACUUGAUAAGCAUCCACAAACAGCUUUGCUCGCGCCAAGGAAUUUCUUCGCCCAUAUCUGAUCUGACUGAGCGGCUGCUGUUUGAUGACUGUGAUCUACCUGCAGUUCCUCAGGAAUGCUCACUAGAAGCAGCACCAUUUGAUGAGGUAGAUGUGCAAGCCCUAGCACAUGCUGUGGAAUUGACAAGGCAAGGUGCUGUUGAAAGCUUGAAGUUUGCGAAAGGAGAUAUAUUUCAAGCAUUUCAGAAUGAAUUGUGCCGAAUGAAGCUGGAUCUGCCACUCUUGGAUAAACUUGUACAUGAAUACUGUAUAUAUAGGGGAAUAGUUGAAGGUGGUUCAAAUGCCCUUCCUGGAUGGGAAAGCAAUAACCAAAAAAAUGAUGUCAACUCCAUAGAUAAACAAGAAUCCAAUACAGAAACACGGACUGAAUUUGAAAUGACUACCAAUCAGAAUGGAGAUUGUAGCACCAGUGAUAUGGCCAAUCAUGAUUCCUGGUCCAGGAGAUUACGUAGGGUUAGAAGUAGUACAUCAGGGCAACGAAGGCGGAAGAGAUGGAGAGGACGGGUAGAUGAUCUAGAUUAUGCUUGUGUGACCCCAUUGGAUGCAAAUAAACACGUAUAUUCUGCUCCUGACAUGGACGAAGAUGAUAUGGUAGUUAAAAUGGACAUGAUGGCAGAUUCUGGUUUGUCUGAUGCUAGAAACAAUCAAGAUCAGAAAUAUGAAGUUGUUUUAGAGAUGAGGGAUCUCACACGCAAAGGAAUGGCUUCAAAAGUAGUUGAAGAGAUAAACAACAUGGAUCCCGAUUUCUUCUUGCAAAACCCCAUUCUUCUAUUUCAGCUGAAACAGGUUGAAUUUCUUAAGCUAGUAGCUUCUGGGGAUCAUGUAGCCGCUCUCAAGGUUGCUUCCACUCAUCUCGGGCCUCUUGCUGCCAGUAACCAAACUUUGCUAAAACCUUUGAAGGAAACUUUAGUAACACUAAUUCAACCCUGUGAAGAUGUACUCACAAAGUCAUUGUCAUUGCCUGUUCUUGCAAAUUCUCUUCAGAUUGCAAUGAGCAGGAGGCUUGGUAUUGAAGAACCUCAGCUAAUGAAGAUAGUCAGAACAACACUUCAUACACACGGUGAAUGGUUUAAGCUUCAGAUGUGCAAGGACCGUUUUGAGCACUUUUUGAAGAUUGAUUCUCUUAAAGAGGUUGAUCCAUCUGUGGGGAGCCACAUUAUGUCCAAGGUCCUUACAGAUGAAUGUGCUAAUGGAUCUUCUCAAAUCACAACAUGCUCUAGUGGCAAGGUGCCAGAUGAAGGUAGUAGCCCUCAGGUGUCUUCAGAAGUUGCCUGUGAUGAAAACGCCAUAAUCAAGGUUAUGGAAUUUCUUGCCAUGCCGAGGGCCGACGCCAUUCAACUUCUCAUGCAAUAUGGUGGGAACGCAGAGGCAGUCAUCCAACAGAUAUUUUCGUAGUUCUUUAUGUAAAUAUCAAAUACGUUACAUUUGUUUUAGAGAUCAAUUAUUUGUUCAUACUUUUCCUGUAUAUGAAGUUUUAUUGGAACUAGGUUUGUCCUUUCGGCACCUUGUCUACUACCUUUUUUUUCAUGUAACACAGAAACAAAGAUGAAAAGAUAACCUGGCUCACAAUUUUCAUGCGAGAAACUAAA